AUCCUAUUGAUACGGAGGUGCAUCCUAUUGAUACGGAGGUGUAUCCUAUUGAUUACAGUGAUCCAAGGACACACUAUUUAAUCCCUCCGCCGGACCAUCAUGGCGGUGGCAGGCCUUUUAUUCACCAACAGAGCGCCCACGGCAACAGGGAAGGAAAUGGAAGAGCCAAGAAAAUUCAUGAAUGAAGAAGUUCUAGAAGCCUGAGGGGUAAUAUUUGGUGGUACAUAGUUAUCAUAUAUCCCUGCAGUUUCUUCUCUAUGUAAAUGGAUACUAGAAAAUAUUCACAUGGCAAUCUGAUGCUAUCUUUAGCAAUUAUCUAUCUAUAUGAUUGUAAAUGCUGAUUGUGUGUGAUUUUUAAAUCUUAUGUUUGAGUAUAAAUGUAAUGCUAUGUACCACUAAGAAGUGAAGCUCUUGCCAUUGGCAAAGGCUCUAUUAAGCAAUAAAUAUAUUCCAUGACUGGAGGCAAGUGAUUCUCAG